AUGCACAUGAGUAGCACCAUUAUAUCGUUCGUUCGCGAGACUUUUCCUCCGUCAACACAGUUUUUCGCGUCUGAUGUCCCAGACAUGUCCGGAAAGGUUGUUCUCGUCACCGGUGCUAAUUCAGGGAUAGGCAAACAGACCGCUAGAGUCCUCCUCAUAAAAAACGCCAAGGUUUAUGUUGCUUGUCGCGACAAGACCAAAGGUGAAGACGCUAUCCGCGAUCUAAAGGAGAGCACCGGAAAAGAAGCGUGUUUCUUGCAACUCAACUUGGCAAACCUGAAAUCCGUCAAGACUUCUGGAGAAGAGUUUCUGCGGAGAGAACCCGUACUAGACGUCCUAUUCAACAACGCAUCGGGUGCCUCGCAGUCACCUGACGGAACUGCACGCAUUGUGAACACGUCUUCUAAUGCCCACUGGUUCGGUAGUCUAGACUACAACACGUUCAAGGACUCUCCCGCCAUGAAAAAGAAGAGCGCCAUGAGUCUGUAUGGCCAAAGCAAAAUGGUAAGGCCACCGUCAAGCUCAACAGUACUUCCGUUUUCCAUUGCGGCGGACUUCGCCACUAGUGCAACCUCCACCUCCCCCACAUCCAUCUCCCCGUCUACCCUAAAGAAUGAACUUCAGAGGGAGCGAGUCUUAACGGAAAGAUCAGCCUCCUUCUCUCAGCUGAACCAUUCUCUAACUUAUACUUAUAUCCUAGACAGUAAGUAUCUUGUUCCAUGGGCACGCAUUGGGAACGCACACCCAGACGCACAGGAUCCACAGCAGGCUUCAGAGCUAUGGACUCUGAACUGGCUUGAGGAACAAGUCAAGGAUCUCGAGGUUUGA